AGGCACUUUAAAUGGUGGCAGGUGUGUACUGACUCCCAUCGAGUUUGAACUUGAUUGGUUCAUUCCGAACACAGCCACAUUCCGGUUAUUCGAGGGUGCGGUAGACCUUUUUAUAUAUGUGCCGUGUGAUAUACAGUGUACCCUCACCCCUUCCUGCCAGUGACACCAUUAGUACCAAUUGCACCAGGCAUGAUCUCAGAAGGCAGCUCCCCUUACAGCUGUGUGGACAAAAUUAAACCCCUGACUGUCAGACAGACGGUUCUUUAAGGGAAAGACAACUUGGAGAAAGGAGGAAAUGGACACCAGUGGUCGUUCCAAAUUUUAUUUCGGCAAUUGUGCAAAAUGCAGUGAAGAGGUGCACGGUGCAGGAAAAGCCAUGGGACAAAUAUUCCAUGAAACUUGUUUCACCUGCUGCGUUUGCAGUGAGUUGCCUCAAAAAGAACAGAAGAUGAAUCGGCAUGAUUUUAUUUGCGCCUCUUGUUUAUUUACGUGCUCAUAAAGUCACUGUGCACUUAUAUUUUUAUCAACGGUACCGAGCUGAGUUUCUAAUAUCGUGUUGUAACAUUAUGACUCUCAUGUAACUAAAUAAGUUAAGCACCAUUUUAGAAAACAGUUUGAUGCAGUUCUACACCACUCUACUCAUUUGAUAACUAUAGAUUCUUUUUUAAAUGAAUAUGUAAUGUCAUUACAUUAUGCAAGCGUACCUAAUCUUUUGGCCGGGAUGCAGAAAUGAAAUUUUUUCUUUUUUUUAACUCUCAGGAGCUUCAUAGAACGCUACAAUCAAAUAGUCCAAUGCGUUGUCCCAAGUACUCAGGAGUUCAUCCGUCCCCUGAAGUGUGUCACAGCUGUGGCCAGUUCAUCGAGGAUACGGUCCUCCAGGCUCACGGGAAGUCGUACCGCUCUGCCUGUUUCCACUGUGCUGUGUGCAGACGGAGCCUGGAGAAUGCGCCCUUCACUGUGGGCACUGACACUGAAGUUUACUGCAUCAGCGACUACCACAGGGUUAAGGCUCCCUGCUGCGCUGCUUGCAAUAAACCCAUCCUGCCAACAGAGGGUUGCACAGAGUCUAUUCGAGUGGUUUCAUUGAACAAAAACUACCACCCAGAUUGCUACGGAUGUGACGUUGACUUUGUUUGACGACAAGCUUGUUGUGUAUAAAAUCAAUUAUAUAAUAUUGUGCAUUGUUUGUUUGUUUGUUUAUUUUGCAUGCAAUAAGUCCCCUCCAAUGAGUCAUUAAACUGUGGUGCUGUGUUGUUAUUUUUUUUUCCCCUUUUUUAGUAGAGAAGCAUUGAUGAAAAACAACAUCACCUAAUGAUAGUAAUAUGAACACAAGCAUCCCUCUUGCCAUCCAUUUUCUGAGGCGCUAUAAAUAUUUUUGUUUGUUUGGUUUAAAAAGA